CUGAUCAUUUCAAGAAGUGUUAGCUGAACAUUCACCUUUUUCCCUGUACAUGAUUAAGAGCUGGACAUUGGUUGACGUGCACGGGCACCGAGCAGCUCAUUCACAGCUGAAUUGAAUUAUUCCAUCAGAGAAAAGAUAAAAAAGGAAAUGGGAAAAGCACUAUCAUUCCAACUUCGUCUCUCCACGAUCCAGAGGCGCACACGAACUCAUCAUGAGCUCGACGCAACGCAGGGGAGAAAGAGCGAGAGGAGCCGAAUCCCUCGCUCGGCGCUCGCUUUGUUCCUCGCCGCUUUGCGCUCCCUUUCUUCCCCCGCUCCGAGCACCUCCCUCCCCCCGGCGCGAAAAGCUCUCCUUUGUACCCAUCUUUGAGCCCCCAAAAGCCUACCCGCCGAGGGGCAUCCGUCUCCACGGCGGCCCAGACCCGUCCAUGGCCACGAACAGCCGCUCCAACUCUGCUUCCUGGAAGCUUCUCCAAUCCAGCCACGCACACCCCCCCGGCGGCCCGCCUCCCGAUGCACCCCGCCGCUGCCCAUUCCAUCCCCAUCCCCGAUCGACUCCCCCACCGCACGGUCAUGCGCUCGCUCGCAGGCCACAGCUAGCCGGUGACAGCUCCCGGCCGCCCCCGCCUUUGCCACUUUCCGGCCUGACAAAAUCCCGCGCCCUUUCUGCAGGCGUACGUCGGCACUGAAAGAGAGGAGCCGAGGAGGGGGAGGACGGAAAAGCCGAAAGCCAUCUAUCCCCUCCUCGGGUGGGUGUGCUCCGAAUCUUGGCAUUUCUAGGGAUUCUGUCAUCCCGGUGUGGCGAGGCGGGUGGCGCUUUACGGUCUUUUGCCCGGCCGGGGAGCGUGUCCGUGACGAGACCGACCCCCCCACACACACCCGUGGAAGAAGCUUCCACGCUGCUUCCUCUGCUUUCCUGCGCCCCGGGCUAUUUAUAGCCGCCGCGGUCACUGCCAGGGGGUUUAAGCUAACGGUGCGAGCCGGCCGCCCCAGGUGAAUCCGAGUGAGCCUAGUGGUCUCGACCUCUCGAGGUGUUGGCUCGCACGUGGGCCAGAGCGGUGUCGCCAUGGACCUGAAGAGGGCGCUGGACGUGGAGGAGGAGGUGGUGGACGGCGACGAGGAGGAGCUCGCCGCCGGCUGCCCCGACGCCAAGCGCCGCCGGACGUUCCUCAAUAGCUCGAUGCAGGAGGCCAUCGGCGCGCAGUACAUGCAGAGGCAUCUGCCCAAGCUGGAGCCGUUCCUGCGCAGAGUCGUGCAGGAGGAGGUGCAUAAUGUCCUCAUCCGACACAUCGAUUCUGCACACAGGCUCCCACUGCAACUGAAAACAAGCAGCAAACGGUACAAGCUGCAGUUCCAGGGAAACCUGCCGCAGACGCUUUUCACAGGCAACAGAGUGGAGGCCGAGAGCAAGCAGCCGCUCCGGAUCGUCCUGACCGACGCCGCCACCAACCAGACGGUGACCUCCGGCCCCCUGUCCUCGAUGAAGGUCGAGCUCCUCGUCCUCGACGGCGACUUCAACGCCGACGAGCGGCUGGAGCACACCGAGAAGGAGUUCAGCGAGAGCGUGGUGUUCGAGAGGGAAGGCAAGAGGCCGCUCCUGUCCGGUGAGGUGAUCAUCGUGCUCGAGAAGGGCGUCGCCUCCAUCCGCGACAUCUCCUUCACGGAUAACUCGAGCUGGAUAAGGAGCCGGAAGUUCAGGCUCGGCGCGAGGAUGUCCCGGGCCAGCUCCAUCGAAGAACGGGUGCAGGAAGCUGUCAGCAAUCCCUUCCUCGUCAAGGAUCACCGUGGAGAAGUGUACAAGAAGCACCAUCCUCCUGCAUUAGCCGACGACGUGUGGCGCCUGGAGAAGAUCGGGAAGGACGGGGUUUUCCACAAGAAGCUUGCUGACUUUGGAAUCCACACCGUUCAAGACUUCCUCAGGAACCUGGUGAUGGACCAGUACGGACUGCGCAGCUUGCUUGGCGGCGGGAUGUCGAACAAGAUGUGGGAGUCGACGGUGGAGCACGCCCGGGAGUGCGUGCUGGACGACAAGCUCUACUCCUACUGCAGCGGGCACGGCAUCGUCCUCCUCUUCAACUGUGUCUACGAGGUCGUCGGCGUGAUCGUCGGCACCAACUGCUUCACUUUGAACGCCCUCGAUCCGACCCAGAAGGCGCUGGUGGUGAAGCUGCAGCAGGACGCGUACAAGUUCCCGGACCGCAUCGCCGAGUUCAAGGUGCAGUCGCAGGGCGCCCCCGCGGACCAGCCACCGGCCGCGGCCCAGGCCCUGCCCGUGCCCGCCGCGCAGGUGCUCGGCCUUAUCCCACAGGGCACUCACCUUCCAGGAGGCGCCCCGGGCUCGCACGACGGCGACCUGCUGCUGAACCCGCUCCUCCUCCAGCAGCAGCGGCCGCAGCCGCUCAGCGAGGCCCUGGAGGACGUGCUGCAGUCGGCCGGCGCCGCGCACCACCAGCUCGGCGGCGCCGAGCCGUGGUCGUUCCCCUCGUUCGGGGUCGGCGUCGGGGCGGGCGGGUUCGACGCACGGGACCCCUUCGACGUGCAGUUCAGCGGGUCGCAGACGUGCGGGCUGCUGCUCUCCAGCACCGGCGCCAGGUUGUGAGGCCACGACGCGCGCGCUUGUUUUCGCUGGGCACGUCUUCCAUGCGGUGUAGGAUGGGAUCGCGCGGGAGGAGCGUGGCAAUUGGCAUCAUCAUUUCGGCUGGAUGCCAUGCCGAGCCCUCCUGCCGGGUCGUGUCCGUUCGUCUAACUGUCUGCUGACAUUGACCAGUGUUUGCUGUUUGGCUUGAGGACGCCUGGGAGAAAGGCAAUAGCUGAUGCACGCAGAGAAGAAGAAAUAACUAGUGGUGCAAUUGGUAGGAUCAGAUGUGAAUCUUUUUUUCAUCUUUUAUCAUUUUGGGAUGUAACAUGAGUCGUGAAAAAAAUUAGCACUGCUCCGGGGUGUUUUGACUGUUCACCAGAACCCCUACCCAUGUGUGUAAAAGCGUAAAAAAGGUGCCUUGUUUC